AGCUACUCAUCGGGGGCUUUAUUUCCAACGGUCAGCGUAUUUCGACCUCAUCAACACCAAACGCAGGACUGCGCGAACUGCGUCUGCGCUAAACUUCAGUUUGUAAAGAGCAGUGAUACACUACGCACACCCUCCAGCGAUCCUCAGGGUUGAAUUGAGAGCCUCUACUGCGUAGAUACUUCACCCAAAUCCUUUGAGAAGUAGGCCCAGCUCUAUAUACGUUCUAGGAGAAAGCAGUAAAGCCUAGAAACCUCGAGACUGCUUAGUCGAGCAGAAUUCUUUUAAUAUGCCUGCAGUAUAGAUCAAACCUGGACAGGAAACCCUAGAACUUAGAGAAAUCUAAAAUACUAUAAAUUCCCGAGGAAUAAAAUCUCUGAAACAUGGUUCACUCUCCGUCCUGCAUCAUGCAGCAGCAUGCCAGGAUAGUGAAGGGUAUGCGGGGACUUUUAUCUCAAACUAACUCAAGGUUACAGACACGAUUUAUCUCCGGAGUUCAAGGACCAGACAGCAGAAAACUCCGGGUGGAGAAUGCGUCCCUGCAUGAGAUGAAACCGAAACCCCCAGUCUCAGACCUUGCAUUUGGUAAAAUUUUUACAGAUCAUAUGCUCAGCAUCGACUGGGACGAUCGCCAGGGUUGGCAUGAUCCCAAAAUAGAAGCGUUUAAACCCUUCUCCAUGCAUCCCGGUGCUAAAGUUCUCCACUACGCCCAGGAACUGUUUGAAGGUAUGAAGGCGUACCGUGGAGUAGACGGCAAGAUAAGGUUGUUCCGUCCUAUGCACAAUAUGGCCAGGAUGAAUCUAACAGCCUCAAGGUCGUGUCUUCCAGCCUUUAACGGUCUGGAGGUGCUGAACUGUAUCCGGGAGCUUGUACUACGGGACAGUGAGUGGGUUCCUCAUGAUAGCUCUUCCUCUUUAUACAUUCGUCCCACCAUGAUUGGAACCGAACCAACCCUCGGAGUUGCUCCAUCAAAUGAGGCCAAACUGUUUGUGAUCCUAUGUCCCGUAGGCCCGUAUUAUUCUACUGGAUUUAAACCUGUAAACCUUCUUUGCGAUCCUAGUUAUGUGCGAGCCUGGCCGGGAGGUUGUGGAUUUACCAAGAUGGGUUCUAACUAUGCUCCGACUCUCUGGACCCAAAAGAUAGCUGAAAGUAAAGGCUGUCAUCAGUGUCUCUGGUUGUUUGGUAAAGACCAUGAAAUAACUGAAGUUGGAGCAAUGAAUCUGUUUAUAUUUUUGAAAAACAAGAACGGAGAGAAUGAGUUAAUCACGUCACCGAUAAGCUCUGGUAUAAUUCUACCCGGAGUUACUCGACGUUCUAUCCUGGAAAUGUGCUCUGAGUGGGACGGGAUCAAGGUAUCUGAGCGUAAGAUAACUAUGGGAGAGGUAAUGGAAGCUCUAGAGGAUGGAAGACUCAUUGAAAUGUUUGGUUCUGGAACUGCUGCUGUUGUGAGUCCUGUCGGAGGACUUCAUUACAAUGGUUCCAUGCAUAAACUCCCAACUCCGGAGCAAGGUUUAGCGUCAAGAAUAAUGAUCUCCAUGUCGGAUAUUUAUUACGGACGUGUCUCCCACCCCUGGGCUAUUGAUGUCGAGGAUUGGAAUAUUGACGCAGGACAGAUUUUGGAAGACUAUAGACAACCUGAAGCCAUGCAAGUUUAAUACGUUCUUCAUGAGUUAAACCAAUCUUGAGCGAGAAAAUGUUCAUUAUUCACAUAUAUACCAUUGUUAAAAUAUAUACCAAAAAUAUAGUUUAAUAUUCCUUCUCA